AUGCUGCUCACUCUGCUCACUCCUCCUGCUGGGCAUUGCUGCGCUGGCACAGGACAAGUCGAACACCGGCAACUCUGUCCUCGUCGUCCUUCAGCCAAGCUGAAAGAGAGAGGAUUUCUCGAUAUUCUUUGGACGAAAGCCCUCAUCCAGGAUGAUAUACCCUCCUUCGCACACGUCAUCCUGUUUGCCCCGGAUACCAAAAGUAGCAUUCGCGCAGGACAUCACCCCCAAUCCCUAAUCACGCUGCUCUCCUCCAAUACCAACCUCCUCAUCGCUCUCUCCCCCAAACAAUCCCCUUUCACCUCCUUGGCCGCUGAAUUCUCUCUCAUCCUACCCCCACCCGGCACCCCGCUCGUCUCGCACUUCCCAGAACGCAGCACCAACGUCACCACCAUUCCCAUCCCCGUCCCGCCGCACCCCAUCCUCACCCCGCAAACAGCGCCCAUCUGGUUGUCCGGCGUGCCCCACGCGUUCGGAAACAACCCGCUCCUGUUCCCCAUUCUCAAGGCACCGGCGGAAAGUUUUGCUGCGGACUCGACUGCGGACUCGGCCGCGGAUACGCUCGUCGAGGCGGCAGAGAAGGGCGGCGAGGGUUUGUGGGUUGGCAGCGCGCUCGGUGUCGUCACUGGCUUCCAGACGCGCGACGAGUCGCGCGCGAUGGGCAUCAAGUCCGGCAACGAACAAUUCGCAAAGGAUAUUACGGCUUGGACGUCCCAGGAGAAGCCCAUUCUCAGGAUAGACAGCACCGCGCACCAUCUUUUGAACGAGACGGAGCCCCGCGAGCACUACACGAUCAAGGGCCAAAUCGUCCACGACGCAUACGUGUCCCAAUACAACGCAAAGACAUCCGCAUGGGAGCCCUACUCCGGCCUCACCGACCUACAGCUCGAGUUCACGAUGCUUGAUCCGCACAUCCGCACCGCGCUGCCUGCCGUCCCUGGCGUGCCCGGAAAGUACUCCGUCACGUUCCGCGCGCCCGACCGGCACGGCGUGUUUAAAUCCGUCGUCGACUACAAGCGACACGGCUGGACGUUCCUCGCUAGCUCGACGACCGUGCCCGUCGUCCCGCCGCGCCAUGAUGGGCACCCGCGCUUCUUGAGCGCCGCGUGGCCGUACUAUGCGGGGGCCAUCAGCACGAGCGUGGGCUUUUUGCUGUUCUCGGCGCUUUGGCUCGCGGGAGACGACAGAAGCGCUAAGAAGGGCGGCGCGAAAACGGAGUAAUGGAGACGCGGCGGUCAGGUCUGAGUCUGGCAUAUCUGCUUUAGCAAAAUAUAUAUUUAUUAAAAGAGGUGAUACUCAUC